UCCAGUAGGGGUGUAACACCGGCAACCCUCGAACACUUACACUAUUGAAUAUAAAGUGCUGCCUCCCGUACCUUAUUGCUUUUAUAACACGGUUACCAGCGGAAUUAUGAACAACAAACCUGAGGAGGACAUAGCAAGGGAGAAGUUCCGUGCUCCUGUCCCCGCCACCUGAGUGGGAGAGAAACGCCGCGACGUCAUCAGCGCGUGAAGAGCCGCCAGGUUGCUAUGGUGAACAGCAGGGUGGAGGCGUCCACAGUGGCAGUGAUGGGCGGGGGCACGGCGUGCAGGUUGUGUGCAGGCUGUGGAGGACGCAUUGCAGACCGCUUCCUGCUCUUCUCCAUGGAGCGGUACUGGCACACGCAAUGCCUCAAGUGCUCCUGCUGCCAUGCUCAGCUGGGCGAGUACAGCAGCACCUGCUACAGCAAAGGGGGCAUGAUCCUCUGCAAGAACGACUACAUCAGGCUGUUUGGACACAGUGGUACCUGCAGUGCUUGUGGACAGUCCAUACCUGCAAGUGAGAUGGUUAUGCGAGCACAAGGCAACGUUUACCACCUUAAAUGUUUUACCUGUGGUACCUGUAGGAACCGCUUAGUCCCUGGCGAUCGCUUUCACUAUGUCAAUGGGACGAUCUUCUGUGAACAUGACCGGCCUGGAGGGGGUCUGCUCGGGGGACAUCCAACUCCACUGCAGGCCAACGGCAUGAUGUCCGACCAGAAGGUCUGCUGAGGGAGACGAUGGAAAACACCAAAUGUGUGCCUUCUCCACCCACCUUUGUCCUUCUGCGUCUCCUCCACCUGUAAAUCCUUCCAUUGGUUGAGCUCCCUCCAGUCACUCCAGUGUGGGUGUAGUCAUCACUGCUACUUGUUUCCAUUUCGUCAGAGACCGCCUCUGCUGAGUAGACCGUGAGGAGUGAAAUCUGCCCAGUGAAGAGUUCUGAUGGAGGCAUGAGAAUACUGGCAUUGAUGGAAUGGAUUUAUACAGAACAUUGAUGUUUGUUGUGAACUAGGGCAAUAUUACUGAUAAUCUAGCAUGGCUAACAUGGGGGAAUGGAAGAUUGCCCUUGAAUCAUUCACUGCUUCUACCCAGCCUGCCAGUUACAGUGGGCAUUGAGUGUCAGAAAUAAUAUUUCAGGGGCUACAGUAUACUUCCAGAACGUUUAAAAAAAAAAUUGGUUUAAGGAAAUUGAUUUCCUUAGAAGACAUCGAUAGUGAUACUUGCAGUAUGUCUCUAAUUUUCUUUUGAAAUAUUUUAAUCUAUUUUUUGUCAUUCUGCAGCUAGAUGCCCUCAGUUAGUAGUGUUCUUACCUCCGACAGUAUUCUAUGUACUCUACAUUGCAGUAAUGGACCACAGCAGAAUCCGUUUCCUCUUCAAGCCCAUCAUCAAUAAAUAGGGUACAUUAUUAAUUCUAAAUAGUAUCUGAAGCCUUUAUUUACCUCAAUGAAAGUUGACCAGCACCAUAAGCCUUCAUGUUUACCUUUUCGACCAUUUCCACAGCACAUGUUGAAUAAGCACAGCAAUAUGAUUCACUGGAACCUUUACCCUGAACUAUUUUACAAUGAAUGAAAUGCAACACAUCACAGUAGCUUUCCCUUGAUUAACAGACUUUUAAUGAGUAUGCAAACAGUAUUUCUGCAAAGAAUGUAAAGAGCAAAGUGCAGAUGACAUGCUUCUGGUGUACUGAUGAGUUAGUGCUUUGGAAAUGAUGCUGAAUUUACAGUGUGAGUUAUUGUUGUAGGCUGAAGUAGUCCUAUCCCUCCCUGCUUUUUUUAGGGAAUCUGUUUGUUUUUGCUUGCCACUUAUUCAAGAUUCAGACACGAUUUCCCAGAAACCUGUAUGUAUCCUAAUAAAUUGUACCAUAAAUGUUA